AUGCCGGUCACGCAGUUUGAGACGAAAGAAAAGUACCGCUACCAGUGCGGCUUCAACAGCCACUUUGAGUCGGAAGCUGUUCAAGGAGCGUUGCCCAUCGGCCACAACUCUCCGCAGCAGCCUCCGUUCGGCCUGUACGCAGAGAAGCUGUCCGGCACGGCUUUCACGGCGCCCAGGCACGAAAACAAGCAGAGCUGGCUGUACCGCAUCCUGCCGUCAUGCGCACACCCUCCGUACCAACCGUCGCCCGAGGACGCGGCCCGGGAGCUGGUGAGGAGCCGCGACUCCAAGAUGCACUACAUCCCCAACCAGCUCCGGUGGGACCCCUUCAGCCACGACGAGUCCAAGGACCACGACUUUGUGUCGGGCCUCAAGCUGGUCGCGGGCGCCGGCGACGCCACGCAGAAGCAGGGCCUCGGCAUGUACGUGUACGCGGCCGGCAGGGACAUGGAUGAAAACGCGGCCUUCUACUCGGCCGACGGCGACCUGCUCAUCGUCCCGCAGGAGGGCGACCUCGACAUCCGCACCGAGCUCGGCUGGCUGCUCGUGCGGCAGAUGGAGGUGGCCGUGAUCCCGCGAGGCGUCAAGUACCGCGUCGGGCUGGCGUCGGGCCCGGCGCGCGGCUACGCCCUGGAGCUGUACCAGGGCCACUUCCAGCUGCCGGAGCUGGGGCCCCUGGGGUCCAACGGCCUGGCCAACGCGCGCGACUUCCUGGCCCCCGUGGCGCACUUCACGCAGGACUUUGGGCCGACGGCGCACGAGGGCUCCGGCCGCCACGUCGUGACGGUCAAGUUCAACAACGCCCUGUUCCGGACGACGCAGGCCCACACGCCCUUUGACGUGGUGGCCUGGCAGGGCAACUACUACCCGUACAAGUACGACCUGGGCCGCUUCAACGCCAUGGGCACCGUGUCGUACGACCACCCGGACCCGUCCAUCUUCACGGUGCUGUCGGCGCCGUCGGCCGCGCCGGGCACCGCCGUCGCCGACUUUGUCAUCUUCCCGCCGCGCUGGCUCGUCGGCGAGGACACCUUCCGCCCGCCGUGGUACCACCGCAACACCAUGAGCGAGUUCAUGGGCCUGAUCCGCGGCGCGUACGACGCCAAGCGCGCCGGCGCCGGCGGCUUCGUCCCCGGCGGCGCCUCCCUGCACAACGUCAUGAGCGGCCACGGGCCCGACGCCGAGAGCCACGAGGCCGCCCGCGCCGCCGAGCUGCAUCCCGUCAAGGUCGGCGCCGGCAGCUGCGCCUUCAUGUUUGAGAGCUGCCUCAUGGUCGGCGUCACCGAGUGGGGGCUGCGCACCUGCAAGAAGGUCCAGGAGGCCUACAGCGAGGAGAGCUGGGGCGGCGUCGUCGCCCAUUUCAACCUGCCCGAGGGCUGCGCCGUCCGGAGCCACCUAGCCGAGUAG